AUGAAUAUCCAAUUUAUAAUCCUCACAAUAAUCACAGUUGUAUCAUGUGUCAGAGAUAAACGAUUGAUCACAAGAUACCUGCAGCAGAGUUAUGGAGUCCAGCCCGUUAUAGUUAACGGAGACCCGGCGACUGUUGGCCAAAUACCAUACUUUGUAUCUAUUAAAGAAGUGCUACGUUGGUACAAUAAAAACAGUGCAUUAUGGAAAAGCUUCUGUGGUGGAACUAUCAUUACUAUCAACAAAGUACUAACAGCUGCUCAUUGUUUUGAAGUUUACAAUUAUAAAUAUUACCGAAACCCGCAUCUUAUACGUGUAGUCGCUGGCAGCAUUCGUAACUACAUGAUAUGUUCCGGCGAAGAAGUCACAGAAAAUAAUAAUCAAUGGCGUAGAAUACAAAAAAUUGUUAUGCACGGAUUGUUCAAAUUUCCAGCUAACGAUAUUGCUUUAGUGUUUGUUAAUAAUUUCACUUUUACGUCUUUUAUCACGUAUGCAAUACCAGCGACAGCUGACACGGAUUAUGCUAGACGAUGUAUGGCCGCAGGGUUCGGGAAGACUGGUCAUGAUAUGUCCAACGAAGCGUCCCACGUAUUACUUGUCGCUAAAAUUGACUUAUUAUCAAAAUGGAUGUGUUCGGACCGUUGGUUGUCUGAUAUGAGUAAGUUUAUUUGUUCCGAUGCUGAGUCGGCAGAUGUCGCUAGAGGGGACUCCGGAGGGCCUCUAGCGUGUAAGGGGACUUCGGACCCUGCGGAGAGGUCGGGAAGGGACCUUUUAGUGGGGAUUGUCAGUGGUAAGGACGUGGAUAGAACUACGAUAUAUACCCGCGUAUCAGCUUACAAGGAUUGGAUUGCGUCCGUUGUCUAUCCAAAUAUUGUUGUUUCUAUUUGUUUCCGAGGUUCGAUCUAA